CAGAAGUCUAUUACGAGGACGUCCUACCCCGAGAAACAUGCAGAACGAAGACAUCUUUGUUUCCCCAAGUUGAACCGAGCUGAUCACUGCAUAUUGCCCAUGCUUCCAGAGCCAUGCGCGAAUCCCGAGGCCAUCAUCCCCGCGCGUACUAAGUUCAACCCAACAACCACCACGCUCUGUACAGGCAGUCCUUACAGAUAUCUCACUCGGAAAAGGCGCGGCUUUCCAGCACCGCGAGAUAAAGGUGUGUUCUACGGCCAAGCGUGCCUCCCGAACUGUCGCUAUGAGGUUCCGGACCAUGAGAGCAUUUCCAGUUUAUGCGGUCUACCAUUCUCUAGAAGAAGAGAGUGUGCAGUCCCAACGGGCAAGAUGGUGGUGAAGGACUUCGAUGGUGGGGCCCCUGCACCCGUGGAGAUUUCUCACCAGUUCCAGACCAAGUACACCAACCUAUUACGCUCAAAUACCAUCACUUGACAUGGAAGGUGCUUCAGAAAUAUUUGCUCAAGCCUUUUUUUAUUAUUUAAUGAGAUAAAAUCAGAUUUAUUUUAAAAAAGAUCGACGUGAGAUAGACAUGACACUUAAUUUGAAUUUUACCGAGCAGGAGCUAUGUUCAUGGAAACUGCUUACUCCACAGUCGUUGACGCAACUGGCAUUGCUCGGGCCUGUCAUUAAAAAAUGCUUACCAAAUGGACUCAAAGCAUCCACAACUUUGUCAUAGAUUUAAAGUGAGAGGAUUUUAUGUCAAUAUUUGCACAACUUGAAAUGUCAUUAAACAACUAACAUUUUUGGCAAAUUAUGCCCUGUACUGGAUUCCACUUUAAACCUCAAAAAGUCCAGUAAUUAUCUAAUAGAUGCAAAUAUUUAGAGAAUUUAUUUCAGAAAAUUUUGUCAUUAACUUUGGCAAGAUGGUACAAAUGCACAUGCAGAUACGUUUGGUCAUAUGCACAAAACAAAGUGUAACAAUACAUCUUACCAUUUUAAGUUUACUUCAUUCAAUAAAUACUAUUCUAGCUACAUUCUUGAAGUCCUUUUUCAUUGAAGUAGGAAAAUUGCAUUUCAUUAAUGAGGCCAUCAGCAUAAAAGCAAAGUACAGA